ACUCCGGCCAGCGGCCAGCAGGCCGCGUUCAACAUCCCUGCUCCCACUUCUCAGGGCCCCGGCAGCAGAGCAGCCGCCAUGCGCAUCCCUGAAAGCCUCCAGGACCUGGCUAACAGGGAAGUUGUGCAGUUUCUGAAGAGGCCAAAGACGGUGGCACGGAUCUUCGGAGGGGUCUUCUCCCUCAUCGUCUUCUCCUCCCUGCUGACUGAUGGCUACCAGAACAAGACGAACUCUUCGCAGCUCCGCUGUGUGCUCAACAGCAACAACCUGGCCUGCAGCUUCGCUGAGAAAGCUGGCUUCCUGGCCUUCCUCAGCUGCCUGGCCUUCCUCGCCCUGGAUGCCCACGAGACCCACAUCACCAGCACCCGCUUCAAGAUGGCCUUCCAGCUCCUGGACUUCAUCUUGGCUGUCCUCUGGGCAGGCACCUGGUUCGUGGGUUUUUGCUUGCUGGCCAACCAGUGGCGGCAUUCACCACCCAAAGAGUUCCUCCUGGGGAGCAGCAGUGCCAAGGCUGCCAUCACCUUUGCCUUCUUCUCCAUCAUUGCCUGGGUAUUCCAGGCCUGCCUGGCCCUGCGGGACCUCCAGCAUGAAUUUCCCAUCCCCUACAAGCACUCCCUGGAUGAGGGCAGUGUGGUGCUGACCACCCUCUCCCCACCCUCUGCCACCAGUCCUGUCAAGAUGCCCACCACUGGCCCCAACAGCCUAAGUUCCGCCAGCUCUGCCCUGUCCACCUAUCUGACCCCAAAGGCCCCCAUCCUCGCUAUGAUGUCCGACAACUAA